AUGGCAUCCAGUAUUCUUCCAGAAAUGACGUUGCCAUCAUUAAAAGUGAAAAUAAAUGGAAGGCUCCGAACAGCAUUAAUUGAUUCUGGAUGCUCCAUUACUGUGGUUCAUGCUGAGUCCGCGCAUGGGCUUGUGUUAAAAAGUCAAAAACUUAUCACAACUUUGGGAGGGAACUGUGCAAGUGCUGGAAUUGAAGAGAACGAAAGAAACGAAAUAAAACAUCAGGACUUCACAGCAAAGUUCGACGGAAAAAAAUGGACGGCAUCAUGGAACUGGAAAAAAGAGCCUGUAAUUGAUAAUACCAUUUGUGAAUACAAGAUGAACCAAGAGCACGAACGUAGUUACCGUAAAGAAAUACGUGAAUGGAUUGACUCUGGUAUUCUUGUACCAUAUAACGAACUAAUAUUGGGACCACCAAAAGUAUUGAUACCGCUUAUGUGCGCAGUGCAAAAAAACAAGGACAAAAAGGUACGUCCAGUGGGAGAUUUCCGAGCUCUCAACGAAUUUGUAAAUUGUCAUACGGCAAAUGCGGACGUUUGUCAAGAAAAACUGCGUUGCUGGAGAAAAAUAAAAAGUGCAAAAAUUUUUGAUCUUAAAAAAGCCUACCUCCAAAUUCAUAUUGAUAAAAAACUUUGGCCAUAUCAAACGGUGAUUAUAAAUGGGCAACGGUAUUGUUUUACCAGGAUGUGUUUUGGCAUCAAUGUGGCUCCAACAAUAAUGACCACAAUUCUUCGGCAUGUGCUCAAUUUAAAUCCAACCGUAAAGAAAGCAUGUGAUAACUACAUUGAUGAUAUAUUUGUGGAUGAAAGUGUGGAAACUGCGAAAAAUGGAGCGAAGCAUCUGCUUAAAUUUGGAUUACAAUGUAAACCUCCACAAGAUCUUGAACAAGGACGUGUCUUAGAAUUGAGAGUCGAAAGAAAUAAAAAUGGGGAACUGAUAUGGAAACGAGACAAUGUGGUACAAUUCGAAUCUUUAAAUGCAGUCACACGAUCACAGCUUUUCAGCCAGUUAGGCAAACUUAUUGGACAUUACCCAGUGGCAGAAAGUUUGCGUUUACAAGCUUCAUACAUCAAACGUAAACCUAGAAAUAUACCUUGGUGUGAUUUUAUUUCUGAAGAUUGUAAAGAAAAACUGAAAGAGUUGCUUUACCGUGUGGAAAAAGAGGAUCCGGUUGGUGGAAAAUGGCUGGUACCAGUUAAUGGAAAAGCUGAGCUUUAUUGUGAUGCAUCAUCUAUAGGACUUGCAUGCAUCAUCUAUAGGACUAACAGUUGUUGA